AUGGGCACCGCGGCGUACAUCGACCCGGAGAACACAGCCCACCCGAGCACCUAUUCCGACGUCUACAGCUUCUGCAUCGUCCUCCUCGAGAUCGUCUUCGGCCGGUGCCCCGUGAUCCUCCUGGAAGGCGGAGCGCACUUCAUCCUGGUCAAGUGGAUGUGGGGUCUGUACGGCCGGAACGCGAUCCUCGACGCGGCGGACGAGCGGCUGAGGGCCGGUGAUGAGGUCGACGACAGGUGCAUGUAG